UGAAUGAUGAGUUUCUGGCAGCCAGUCUCUAACCUUAGAGAAUACGUAUCCCAUAAACCUCCAGGGGCGACCUUUUUCCUGUGUCUUUUCAUCUUGGCCAUCUCGUUCGUCUACCUCAGCUCUUACAUUUACAUUCACAGGCUGCCUAACCCUGACAUCGCAAAGGACUGGAAUAUUGUGCUGUCAUCCUUAACACAGUUCCCUCUGUGUGAAAUAAUAAAUGCCAGUUCAUCUGAGCAAGGCUCCUCACUUCCUCCACCGCUAAUGGAGCAGGAGGAAUCCAAAACGACUUCAGUCAACUCAACAAAAAGUCCUGCUUCUGUCAUUGUUCUGCGUUUUCAUGUUCCCUUGACUGUGACGACCUCUCCACACGGUGGCUCACUGAAAAACAUUAGUUUACGCUCUAACGUAACAGCCAGUCAGCUUCGUCUUGGAGACAAAGAAAUUAUUAAUUUUACACUCCAGAUAUCUGACAACAUUAACAACUGCCUCACCAUAAGUAUCCCAACAAACCUCCAGCCUACAACCCCGUUACCUCCAAUUUGCCCUGCAUCAGAAAUAAAUAUUUCCACCACCCCUGUGGAGGUGAACAAUCAGGUGGUAACAACAUCACAGGUCUGCUACAGGCUGCACUUCAAGAAUGACCCCACACUCACGGUCAACUUAACGCUGAAAGAGAAAAGCGUGUCUGUGCGACAUCUUGUUGAGGUCAGCGUGUUGCUGCUCAGUGUUUGUUUGUUGCUCUGCUUAGCUGCAAGUCUCACAAAGUCAAACACACGCCACAAAUACCAGAGUGAGCUUGAUCUCCAAAACGAGCCUCUGAUUGAAAGCUGACCGUUCUUCAUCAUCCUGCACCACAAAGAAAUCAGCUGGUGGCAGAAAUAGAGCAAUAGGUGCCACUACUUUAAAAACUGCGUCCAGCUGCUUUAACAAGACAUCAGUAAGCAGCGAUAUGAUGCCUUUCAUGGAUCUGGAGAAACACACUUUAACUUUUAUUACAUGAAUCCCUGUAAUGUGUCAAGGUCAUUUCCUGUGGAAAUAACUCGGAACACUUAUAAGAACUACCGGUAGUUUAGUUCAUUAACUGAAAACU